AUGAAGAAGGUCUCGGGUAUGGUACUCUAUUUGAAGCCAAUUUUGCUCAAGAAGUUGAUUCUCUCCACCUUUUCCUCAAUCGAAAACGGUGCGUCGCCAGCUAUCUGCGCGUACCUCCGACGAGCACUGGCCUCCUUCAAAGAGUUGAAGAAGAAGAGAAAAAAUGAUUUAGAAAGUUUAGCAUAGGAAAAAAAAAAAAAAAAAAAAAAAAAAUCUAGUUGA